AUGAUGGCCCCCGUUCCUCCCGUCAACCAGGUGGGCAUCGCCUGGCCCAACAUAUUGAGCCUUUAUGUUAGAGGUCACCACUGUUUGGGUUGGGACUGCCUGACUCCCUCUGAACAAGCAGGUAUUAUCAUCAGUGCUACAGUUAUCUUGAUCGUUCUUCUCUUUACCUACAUGUACUACUUGGGAAGAAUAACGACGGCUCACCAGGAAAUUGUGCUCCGCCGCCAACGGAGGCAUAGAAGCCGCUCGUUCGCCCUUGCUCCGACUGUUUCACUAGUACAACUACCUCCUGUUCCGAGAUUCCCAAGCCAACAGGUCUCAUAUCAGCCUGUACUCUAUCACCCCCCUCUCGCUCCUCUCGUUCCAGUUGCCCUCCCGCAUCUUCAAGGUCCUUCGGGGGUGGUGCCUCAGCAGCAGAUCCCAGUAUUUCUACCUAUCCAGCCAACUACAUACGUUCAACCACAGCCAAUAUUUCAACCUACCACUCGUCAGAAUGAGCAAGUCAGACCAUUGCAUCGUUCUGGGUCAUGUCCAGCUUCUAUGUCUUCAAGCGGUUUGCCCCCUCGGCAUCCUUCCUGGCGUCAGCGUCUCCGUCGAGCAUUUGGACUUCCUCUCGGAAAAGCUUCGACCGUGGGCAGCGAAUCAGUUCCCGGAACCCCUGCCAUGCCACAGCCUCCGCCAGAAGGCUCUCAUCGGGAAUCAAACGCAAACAGAUAUGCUGAUAAACAAACAGAGGCUCAUGAUGCACCUCGCAACAGUCAAGACCUUGGGCGCAAUAGUGGUCCCUCGGAUCACUCUCAAGGAAGUGACAGGAGCAACACAGCUGAUAGUGAUAGAAUCCGAUCUCCAGGUUCUGCAGCAGCGACAGUCCAUAGUGACGAUUACGACCUAAUCUCCAAUGCGCAAAUACAGCAUACUCAUCAUAACGCAUUCAACGGGCAAGAAUCUCGCGGACAAACAGAUUUGUCAAACGCCAAUGAUAGCAACUGGUCAGAUUAUCACAACCCUUUGGCCAUGCUGCCCGCUAGACUGCCUUUCAAUCCCAUGGAAAAGCCAUCAACUUCCAAGUCUGUGAUGCUGGACACUCGACAGCAUAUUGACCAACUCGAAUUUGUGAUGCCCGGGCGACAAUCUCGUGCCCAUACGCCAACAUUGUCCCGUCAGCCACCCAUUAGGACAUAUCAUCCUGAGUGCGAGCAGCAUCACCGAGGUCGUGAGAUGCACAGAAGAAACUGGGACAGCACGCAUCACUGGCCCGUCAACACCUCAGCCCACUCAUCAAGGGGGCGGCAUCUACUAGCCAUGUGCUUGAGACUUGAGCACAACAUGUGGCUUUUCAGCCGGCAUGAUGUCGCUGACCCUACUGAAGAUCUCGGCUGGGGAGGCUACAUUGGAGGCAUUCAUGAGAUAUUCCACAAGAAUGCCGUAGCUCACCCCGACAGGCUUUGUGUGACAGAGACUGUGACCUCGAAGGCGCCAAGAAGAACCUAUACCUACCGCCAAAUUGAUGAAGCAAGUAACAACAUCGCAAAUUAUUUACGCGAUUCUGGCAUCCAGAAUGGAGACGUAGUCAUGAUCUUUACGCACCGCUCAGCCGAAUUGGUCUGUGCAUACAUGGGAACCCUGGCUGCUGGUGCUAUCGUCACUGUUCUUGAUCCUCAGUACCCCCCCCCCCACAAAGACAACAAACGUACCAUACCAGUCUAUCUUCAAGUUUCCAAGCCUACGGCGCUGAUUUCCAUUCGCAAGGCUACAGAGGAGAGUAGUCCUCUGGCUCCUCUCGUCCAAAAGUGCAUUGAUGAUGAACUUUCCAUUAAGAUUAAGACCCCAGACCUCCGCUUCACCGACGAUGGCGAGUUGACUGCGGGCGAAGACAGUGCUGAUAUCUUUGCCAACGUUAAGGAGAGGACCUCAACACCUCCUGAUAUGCUCAUUGGACCUGACUCUAACUGUACGCUGUCAUUUACGAGCGGAACGCAAGGACUGCCCAAGGGCGUGCUUGGCCGUCAUUACAGCCUAGCAAAGUAUUUCCCGUGGAUGGCUGAGAGGUUCGGCCUCUCAUCAGAAAGCGUAUUCGCCUGUCUUUCCGGAAUUUCCCAUGACCCAAUCCAGCGAGACAUCAUGACGCCCCUGGCCUUGGGCGCAAGCCUAAUCCUGCCCACCAAGGAGGAUAUCCAGCACAUUCUGGUUGGUGGCACCACAGCGCAGUUUCCUAGCCUGCGCCAGGUCUUCUUCUUUGGUGACGUCCUCACUACUCGCGACUGUAGGAGUCUUCAAACUUCUCGCGCUGUAUCCUACUUUGAGGUCCCUUCCGCCCAGGGGGACCCUACAGCCCUGGACUCACUCGGCGACUCUAUUCCCGCUGGCUGGGGCAUGAAGGGUGUCCAGGUAUUGGUUGUGGAUCGAGAAGAUCACACCAAGAUCAGUCCGAUCGGUGUGGUUGGAGAGAUCUAUAUCCGCGCUGCUGGUCUUGCCGAAAAGUGGAUGGAGGCAGACAAGGCCAACGAUCAGGGCGAACCUUGGCGCAAGUACUACAAGGGGCCGCGAGACAGAUUUUACGUCACAGGUGACCUUGGAGAAUAUCGACCAGACGGGGCUGAUAUCGACGAAGAGGGUGUAGAAAUAGGACCCUGUACUGUCUACCUCAAGAGGUUCCGCCGUAUCCAAGCAGAGGUGCGAGACCACCUCAAGUCUCGCUUGCCAGCGCACCCCGUUCCUUCGAUCUACAUUGUGUUGCAGAAGCUGCCUCUUAACCCGAACGGAAUGACUGAGAAGACUAUUGCGACACAAUGGUCAACUCUAAUCCCGGGUUUGAACGCCAAGAUGGUCAGGCCGGACUCAAGUUUCUUCGACUGCGGUGGUCACAGUCUUCUUGCCCAGCAACUGUUACUUAACCUUCGCAAGGAACUGCGUGUCGAUGUCACCAUCGGUGUUCUCUAUGCAAAUCCCACUCUUCGCGGCCUGGGCAGCGCAGUCGACAGUCUUCGCAGCGGCCAGGCUGUCACAGUCGACCCCAAGGAUAUAUUGGACAGAAAGAACACUAAGCUUAUCGCUUGUAUCCGGGGAGCCAAGGACCUCAAGUUCGCAAAGGAGCGUCUUGCUGAGAGGAUCUCCUGCGUUAUUGGUGAUCUCUCUAAGCCUCGUCUUGGCCUUGACGACGCUAGCUGGAAACAUGUUGCUGAUACAGCUGAUGCGUUUAUCCACAACGCUGCGUACGUCCACUGGAUCGCUCGUUACGAACAGAUGAUGGGGCCGAAUGUUCUCUCUACUAUCGACGCUAUGAAGCUCUGUAAUGAGGGCAAGCCCAAGCUCUUCUCAUUCGCCGCUACGGGCCGAGGCGCCGUCCUUGAGUACGAUGACUUGUUCCCCAACCGCACCGGUCUCGGCACCGGCUACGGGCAAACCAAGUGGGUGUCUGAGCAACUCGUUCGCGAGGCCGGCCGCCGUGGUCUCCGCGGCGCAAUCGUCCGACCAGGCUACAUCCUUGGCAGUCGCAACAGCGGUGUCUCGAACACCGGCGAUUGGAUCGUACGCCUCUUAAAAGGCUGUUGCCAGCUUAGUGCUCGUCCUCGCAUCAUCAACUCAAUCAAUGCUAUCCCUGUCAAUCACGUCGCAUGCGUUGUUGUCGCUUCGACGCUAAACCCUCUCCCUGGCAUGAACGUGGUGCACGUUACUGCUCACCCCCGUCUGCGGAUGAACAAGCUCCUCUCUGCACUAAGCUACUACGCUACUGCAAAUCUCCCAAGCACUACUCAUGCUCCUAAGCUAGAUAAUAGGAACGCUAUGGCUGUUCUUAGGGAUGAUGCAGACCGCUGGAUAGAUAAUGACGAUAGCGCAGGAGACGGCAUUUCCCGUGAGGAUAUCGGUAGGUAUCUUCGGUACCUUGUUGAGAUCAAGUUCAUGGCCGCACCCACGGGUAGAGGACGUAAGCUGCCCGAGAUUGACACCUCGAUCGCCGAGGCGCAAGCACAGUGGGGAGUUGGUGGUCGCGGAGGUGCCUCAUAA